UUGCUUCUGAGUCGAAAGUUAUGUUGUUUCCGUUGUCGUCGGGUAUUUUUUAACGUUUACUUUGGAAAGAGAGAGGCAUUGUUGCUAACCUUUCAUCGGCCUAGUCAGCCAUGCCGUGCCUCUCCUCCUCACCCCCUUGCUUUUUGCAGGAAGAGCUUCAGCGUAUUCAGGAAAAAUAUGCCUUGGCGAGCUCUCAUCCACCCGCGAGCCCUGAGCUGAACGAUUGCGAUCGCGUUGAUGUCUGCCUUAAGAUGCUGGAGGAGGGAUUGAUCAAGCAGGAUGAUCGUGUCGUUGCCAAGCUGCGCGAUAUGGAGGUUUCUUUUCUCUCUCGCAUUAGGCGAAUAGCUUUGGAAUUGCCUGUAGAAGAUAAACAUCAAACACAACAGCGGUGGCUAUCGCUAUGGAUGCGAUAUCUAACCUACUUGUUUAGUAGAUUUCAACGAGGCAUCCUAACCCACGUUGUCGAUUCUUUCGAGGUUGUCAAGCACGUUCUUUUGGAAUGCAUCGCUCACCACCCGAGAGGAUCGGAUUCCUCUUCGACCAGUAAUUCUAUGCAAUCCUUCCCUCUUGAUGUUUUUAUUCAAAGUAGUGAACAGUUCGUGGAGGUGGUAGCACGGGAGUGCGUAGAAGAGCUGCAAUGCUGCACGGAGGAACUUCAGACGGUGCUUCCGCCACUCCGGCUCGUUUCCGCUGCGGAAAACGUAAAAGAUUCGCUACGUCCGUUGAACUACGUGCGGGAGAGGCUCUCGCUUGAUUUUCCUGCGAUUGUCAAUGCGAUAUCUGCGGCGCAAGGGGAUCUGGUUCAGAGGUAUGUGGCGAACCUCACAAAUUGCGUGCUUUUUCCAGUCUAUUGGAGUUUGCCGUGGGAUAUCGAGCGCGUUGUUCCGCUGGUGAAAGGGGUGCACCCAAGUAUUUGGACCUUUUUUGAUGUUUGCCGUCAGAUACGGGUUCGCUCGCUACGAUGCGGUGCGAAUGAAGGGGCGAUAGACUUGAUGCUAUGCACGCUGAUCCAGUCAUGCAUACACGCUAUUAUGUGGGUGGUUAAGGAGAACCAGACGAUCACGUUACUACAUCUUCGUCAACUAAACGCCGAUGUUAUGUGUUUUGUGUACUUUGUACGACGUCUACAUAGGGGUAUCCUGUCGGAGGAUUUCUACCGUGAACGGGUGCACGACCUCCUUGUGGAGAUGAUCAAGCAAAUCGGUCCGCGCGUGCUGCCAGUAGAGGGCAUAGCAAAGGUAUCAUCUCCGAAAAAGCUUGCGCAAUCCUUUAUGAAACCCGCUACCGCCAGUACUUCUUCUGGUCCCUCGGAAAAAUUCUCUCGGUUAGUGUGGAAUGUUGAUCCCUUCUCCGAUGCGAAGCUUUUGGAUCGCAGAAACCCGCCUUUCAUGAUGAUAGACCCAGAGCUGCUGGAUGAAAUCUCAACGUCAACGUUGCUCGUAAUUCAUGGUCUAUUGGUUGUACAAAACGAAUCUAUCUAA